CUAAUUUUAGCAACAGAGAACCAGAUGAAGGCCAAAAGUGAUGUUCUCAGUUAGCUUGAAAAGCAUCAGCUGCCAGUGAUGCACUGUUGAAGCUUGAAAAAGAGAUGGGAAAUGAACAAAAGUUGAAUUUAGAAAUUGCUGAACUAGAGGAACAACUCAAGGUUUUGAAGUGUGUGAACUCGGAGGAAGCUGAUCAUGAGAAUAAAAGAAAGAUAGAAAUAGAAGAGAUAGAAGAAAAAUUGGAGGACAUGAUUUUUUAUAUGUCCGUAAAAGAUGAUGAAAAUCAAGCUUUGGAGAAGAAGGUACAAGAAGCUAAAACUGAGCUAGAAGAUGCUAGGCAACAAAUUAUUAAGGUAUAAAAAUAACAAAAAAGCAUCAUCGGAGUCCGUCAAACUGUGCACAAAGUGGCAAAAAGAAAUUCUGGAUUCAACAUGGCACCCUUUUAAGAUUGUUGAAGUCGAAGGGAAGGAAAUACAGGAAGUAAUUGAUGAAAAUGAUCCUAAAUUAUUAUCUUUAAAGAAUGAUUUGGGAGAGGAGGCAUACGUUGUUGUGGUGACAGCUCUAAAGGAAUUGCAUGAGUAUCAUAAUUCUGAUGAUGCUGAGAACACCCAUAAUUCAAGUGAGAAACAAGUGAUACCUGAGAUAUGGGACUCCCAAAAUGGACGUAGAGCCACCGUAACUGAAGCUUUGAAGUACAUAAGCAAUAGGGUUAUCAAGAUGCGGUGACGAUGAAUGGCAAUCCCAUAUUUAAUUUAUUCCCUUUAUGUAAGCCUACUUUUGGGACACAAUACUCAGCACUUGUAAUGCUAUAUAGUUUUAUAGGUGUUAGUAAUCUUGUGGUUAGAUUAUAUAUUAUUUUUGCUAUGACAGGUUAAAGAGAGAAUAACUACUUUCAUUGUUAUCAAUUUUCUUUAAUUAUACUAGUUUGCAACUCGUGCGUACGCACAAAUUGUUAGAUUUUUUUAUUCA